CCCCGUUGGCUGAGGUGCCCGGGCGGCGGCUGCGCAUGCGCGGGGUGGCAGCGGGCGGGCGGCGGCGGGAGCCGCGCGGGCUCCUCCAUCCCCACCCUCCCCAUCUGCUCCACGGGCGACCGUUAACGGCCGCCAGCCCAAAAUGGCGGGCAAGGAAGCGCUGGAGGACACGGUGGAGGAGCGCGUCAUCAGCGAGGAGUACAAGAUCUGGAAGAAGAACACGCCGUUCCUGUACGACCUGGUGAUGACACACGCGCUCGAGUGGCCCAGCCUCACCGUGCAGUGGCUGCCUGACGUGACCAGGCCAGAAGGAAAGGAUUACGCGCUGCACUGGCUGGUUUUGGGAACACACACCUCUGAUGAACAGAACCACCUGGUUGUUGCAAGAGUCCAGAUUCCCAAUGAUGAUCAGUUUGAUGCUUCUCAAUAUGACAGUGAGAAAGGAGAGUUUGGUGGCUUUGGAUCUGUGACUGGCAAAAUUGAAACGGAGAUCAAAAUUAACCAUGAAGGUGAAGUAAACCGUGCUCGUUACAUGCCGCAAAAUCCCUGCAUCAUUGCUACAAAAACGCCGUCUGCUGAUGUGUUGGUGUUUGACUACGCUAAACAUCCUUCAAAACCAGACCCAAGUGGAGAGUGUAAUCCAGACCUUAGAUUAAGAGGGCACCAGAAAGAAGGCUAUGGUUUGUCAUGGAACUCAAAUUUGAGUGGACAUCUUCUCAGUGCAUCAGAUGAUCAUACUGUGUGUUUAUGGGAUAUAAGCGCUGGACCAAAAGAAGGCAAAAUCGUUGAUGCAAAAGCGAUCUUUACUGGGCAUUCUGCAGUAGUAGAAGAUGUGGCAUGGCAUCUGCUCCACGAAUCUCUGUUUGGAUCUGUGGCUGAUGAUCAGAAGCUUAUGAUUUGGGACACAAGAUCUAAUACAACAUCGAAGCCAAGUCACUCUGUAGAUGCUCAUACAGCUGAGGUCAACUGCCUGUCCUUCAAUCCAUACAGCGAGUUCAUCUUAGCAACUGGUUCAGCUGACAAGACGGUGGCUCUGUGGGAUCUUCGAAACUUAAAAUUGAAACUCCAUUCUUUUGAGUCUCAUAAGGAUGAAAUUUUUCAGGUUCACUGGUCUCCUCAUAAUGAAACAAUCCUUGCUUCAAGUGGUACUGAUCGUCGGCUUAAUGUGUGGGAUCUAAGUAAAAUUGGAGAAGAACAGUCCGCAGAGGAUGCAGAAGAUGGGCCUCCUGAACUCUUGUUUAUUCAUGGAGGACACACUGCCAAAAUUUCAGACUUCAGUUGGAAUCCUAACGAGCCUUGGGUGAUCUGCUCUGUAUCGGAGGACAACAUAAUGCAGAUAUGGCAAAUGGCAGAAAACAUUUACAAUGACGAAGAACCAGAUAUAGCAGCAGCAGAACUGGAAGGUCAAGGGACGUAACUUCUCUUCCUUAAGGAAGUACUGGGUGUGACAUAGUAAUAUAAUUUGACUACUGUAUAAAUUGAAGGGGGGAAAAAAAAAGUAGAAGCAUUACAUCAAAGCAAGAAUAUCCUUAAUUGGGCACAAAAAGGUGGUAUAGUCAAGUUGUCAUGGGAUACCCUUGGUUAUUUGGGCACUUGGAGCUAUUGUAUACUGUACAGCAGUUAGCUUUUAGGGAAAACGAGAGUGAAUACCUGUGUCUAUAUUUUUAAACAAACUUAGUGGGUUCCUGUAAAUAAAACAGUUAAGUCUUUACUUUUCCCACAAUGAAAUUGCAAAAAAAACCACAAGUUUUUAUUAAUAUGUAAAAAGAGCUUUUCACUUUUACAUAACACUUUUGGAUUGGCUUUGCAUAAAUAAAAUUUAUUAA